AUGUCAACGAUUUUUCUUGAAGUGGUGCAGUUGAUAUUUUCUAAGAAAUUAUGUGCCAUCGCAAACAACAACUUCUACGCUAGAUCAAGUAGGUAUAAAGAUCAGCUUGAUCAACUGCUUGAAACCAUACCGUUCUACUAUGGAAGUAUGCUGGACGAUGUCGAAAUACAGACACAGCUGCUUGCUAAACCAGGUGGAGGAGAUGCCUUUCUGAUCUCAUUUCCGUUGGGCAGGGAAGAUGUAGAUCGUCGACGUACAGCCUACAAAAAGUGGCAUCUUGUCGUGCUAAAAACGAACAACAUUAUAUGUAAACUUAAAACUAUAUACCGUAACAACACACUUCAAGUCGUUGCUGAAAGCGGUUCAUCAUUAACAGAUUUUAUCAACGAGUGGUCAUUAAAUCCAGUCGAACGAGUAUGGAACAUUCAGCCAUCGCAGUUGACGCCAAAAUUAGCAAUUAUACCGCAACAAGUCUUCACUAUCAACACCGGAGCGUUUCAACUUGGGACACUGCAGCAAAUAACUUUGAAUUUCGAUGAAUUUCGACGAGUCCCCGCAAUACAACUCACCGUACAAAACUGCAAUGCUGCCGAAGUUGAUUUACUAAUUUUGGAUGCCGAACGCUUUAAACGUUUCGGAUCAGUGCAAAGACAGGUAUUUCUUAUACAUUUCGAUCAGCUAUACCUGUGUUUCCUUACUGCAGUACUACGAAUUUGGCGGCUUUGGGGGAUUUGCAAGCAUCCAAAUGAUUCUAUAUCGCUUGUUCUUGAAGACGUUGUUUAUGGCUCUGUUGCUGAAUAUGUCCGAACAGGUGACAGGAAUUAUCCACAGCUGUGUAACUUUGCCAUUCAAAUGGCCGAAGGAAUGCGGUAUCUAGAAAAAUAUUCGUUCAUACAUCGACGGAUGACGUUCGACAUCUGCUUGCUUUGUUACGAUUACAACAUUAAAAUUGCUGUUUAUGGAUUAACUGCUGGAGAGUUGUGUGCUACGUCCAACGAUCUCACUGAUAUCGAGCUGUGUAGAUGGAUGACGCCGCGCUGUUUACCGAUGUCGGGUACUACACCAAGCAAAUACGACAUGUCGGCAAUGGUAUAUUCCUUUGGAACAAUCUUAUGGUCAAUGUUCCAUGGAGCCAGGCAGCCGUUCUGUGGUGAAGAAGAAACAAAUAUCAAGAACCGCCUAUAUCGUUCAAACCACUCCUUAGAAAUAGACGAUCAGUUGGUACCUAACAAGAUGAAACAAAUUAUUCUACGGUGCUGGAAUGAAGAACUGCCGUCUCGUAGAUUCCGAGAUUUGUUGAGGGCAUUAAGAAAAAUUCGUGACGAAGAACAGUGA